UUCGGGUACAAGCAUGCACGUUUUCGUGUUCAUACCUCUCCCUCUCUCCCUCCGUGCCUGUGUGUGUGAGUAGAGAUCAGAACGUCCAGGAGAACAAUGGGGAGCGAAAACGAGCCAGCGAAGCUCCUCCUUCCAUACCUUCAGAGAGCGGAUGAGUUGCAGAAACAUGAGCCCCUCGUUGCUUACUACUGUCGAUUGUACGCGAUGGAACGAGGAUUGAAGAUCCCUCAGAAGGAGCGUACGAAAACUACUAAUGCUAUUCUUGUUUCGCUAAUGAAUCAGCUUGAAAAGGAUAAGAAGUCAUUGAAGUUGGGCCCAGAUGACAAUUUAUAUGUGGAGGGAUUUGCAUCGAAUGUUUUUGCAAAGGCAGAUAAGCAAGACCGAGCUGGGCGAGCUGACCUGAAUACCGCAAAAACUUUUUACGCUGCAAGCAUCUUCUUUGAGAUUCUUAACCAAUUUGGGGAACUCCAACCUGAUCUUGAACAGAAACAGAAGUAUGCAGCCUGGAAAGCUGUGGAUAUAAGGAAAGCUUUGAAAGAAGGACGGAAGCCUGAACCGGGACCACCUGGUGGUGAUCAAGAUCUAUCAAUCCCAUCAAGUACACCAACUGUUACAUAUGAUCUUGGACCAAGUGAAACCAAUUCAAUAAACCUUCCAGGAGCAGGAGCAGGAGCUGGAGCUGAUGCAUCUCCUCAGUUCCAUGAUAAUAUUAAGCACCAACCUUCUACAAACAUUAUUACUUCACCUCCUUCGUACCCAAACGCGAAUUACCCUUCCAGUGAUUUUCAUCCUCCACCCAUUGACAGACAAGAAAGUUCUUCUUACUCUCAGCCCUACCAUCAACCCUACGGACAUGAAUCUCAACAAUCAUUGCCUCAAAAUUAUCCUUCACAUGAAACAUCCUCUUCACCCCACUCUUAUCCCAAUUUUCAAUCUUAUCCUAGUUUUACUGACAGCAGCCUUCCUACUGCUCCGUCACAGUAUCCCUCUUACUUCCAAGGUUCUGAUGCUUCCUACUCUCAUCAGUCGGCUCCACCAGUUUCAAGCCACCCAUUAGCAGGUCAGUACACUCCUAGUGGCAUGAAUGGAAGUAACUAUGCAGAACCUGCACGGACUUCUGCCCAGACUUUCCAUUACGACAGCAACUACCAGCCACCACCUGAAAAGGUUGCUGAGGCGCACAAGGCUGCAAGGUUUGCUGUGGGGGCUUUAGCAUUUGAUGAUGUGCCAGUUGCAGUGGAAUUUCUCAGAAAAUCUCUUGAACUGCUGACAAAUCCAUCUUCAAAUCAGUAAUUUUAUGUUUGAACUUGCAGAAAUGGGGUUUAUGGCAUUGAUGUGAACUGCACGGUUUUCAUAUAUAUGGAUGUGUGAUUGCUGGAAAUUGCUGUGUUCUCUCAUCUUUAUCUCUCUAC